UAUAGCUUGCUUCACACUGCAGCGCGCGGCUGCUCAGUUCGCCGGUUGCUCAGGACCAAAUCUUAAAAACGGAGAAUAAAAGGUGUUCAGUCGGGUGACUAACGCUUUCCCGCGCCGCUGAAAAUGUCUUAUUGCAGGCAGGAAGGUAAAGACCGCGUCAUCUUUGUGACCAAGGAGGACCACGAAGCACCAAGCAACGCCGAGCUGGUGGAAGACGACCCCAAUGACCCGUACGAGGAUCACGGUCUCAUUCUGCCCAACGGGGACAUUAACUGGAACUGCCCGUGUCUGGGCGGGAUGGCCAGCGGCCCGUGCGGCCAGCAGUUCAAAGACGCCUUCUCCUGUUUCCACUACAGUAAGGAGGAGGUGAAGGGCUCCGAGUGUGUCGAAUAUUUCCGCAGCAUGCAGGAGUGCAUGCAGAAAUACCCCGAACUCUACCCGCAGGAGGACGACAACGAGAGAGCCCCCUCUGACGCUGCUGCGCUUGUCGAGUCCUCCAGCACUGACUCUGCUUCUGUUUCAGGCUCGGAGGAAGCAGCGACAAGCACAGAAAACCCUGCAGCUAGCUAAUAUCUGUCUCUCUCUCUCUCUCUCUCUCACUCACACACAUACACACACAUACACACACAGCCUUUCAACCUCUGAACUGACUGACUCAGGAGAAUGAAAACUCAGAAACACCCGCAAGGAGGCAAGAUGUGAUGAGAACGAUGAUAGAAAUGCUAAUAAUGACUAAUAACGCUAUACAAGCAUCACUCUUGAAUAAGUGUACACUUCAGAUUUCCUACAAAUCCAAAAAAAAGAGGUGUGAGGUCAGCGUGAAUAAUUGUAAAUGAGAAGAAAGGAAGGACUUGUAGUUUUUGAUGCUCCUGCUGAUCAGAUUUGAUGAUUAAUGUUCAUGUCUAAAGGACUGCGUCUGCACUGAGUCGCCUUUCGAUGCUUUUCUUGAUAAAAAAAACAAAACAAAACAAAAAACCCAUUGCUUGUGUUUCACACUGCUGUCUUUAUCUUCAAUGCGUAGGUUGUCUCGAAGAGCAGCCUCAGUGACACCCUCGUGUGUGUGUUUGUGUGUCUGUGUGUGUGUUUGUGUGUGUGUGUGAUAUUUGUGUACUUCAGACAUCCCUCUGUUUUGAAACUUCUCCGUGAUUGGUCUUUUUUCAAUUUAGCGGUCAACAAAUUAUCUUAGAAAUACUUCACUGAUGAGCUGAGGCAUCAUUUGUAUCCCGAAAAUCAAUAGAAAAAAAAAAAAAAGUGAUUCUGAUUUUCCAAGAUGGCCGCCCCAUACCAUUACAGUGUUUUACAUGGUUUUGUUUGUGUUGGUAGAUUACAUUCUGUCACACUGUGAUAUCACUGAAAAACCACUUUUUGAAAGAUUUUGGGUGACACAGACUUCCUCUACUUGUUAGCUACGUUAGCCUCGUAGCUCCAAGUAUAUAACGAAAGAGCUCGGGCACCAAACGUCCCAGCUGAUGGAGGAAGAAGUCUGGAAAACUUCUUUUAAGACAGCAACAAUGUCAUAGAGGUCACAGGUUCAAUGGGAAGUGACUGGGUUGGAAAUACAUCUAUUCUAGGUUUGUGUGUGUGUGUGUGUGUUUCAGGUUUGAUUUUACCAUUUCCUUUAUUAAUGAAUCUCAUUUAAUCAGCUAAAGAUGUCUGAUUAAAGAGGAUGGUGUUGUAGGAAGUGUGCUCAAAAGUGACCAACGAUUCAUUGGUUAAUUAUGAUUAUAACGAAUGAAGAAACUUGAUGAAGAUAUUUGUAUCUGAUAUACUGAUUUUCCUCCAUUUGAUGUUUUUUUUUCUGUUUAUAAAAAAACCUACUGUACCUGAGAUUAUUACAAAUGCAGUGUUGAGAUCUGUCACUGAUAAGACUGAGUGAAAUAAGCGCUGAGACAUUUCACUAGGAUCUGAUGAGUAUUAAACCAAAGAAUUUCAUA